UUCCAAAAAAAAAAAAAAAACGUCCUCGACAACAGUGUAUUACAAUUAGGCAUUACCCAAAGAGCUAUCCAGUAGCUCUUCGUUCUCCUCAUCAAAAAGGUUUCCGAUUCCAAAGCUUCAAAGCUCUCCAGCGAUCGUUUUACAAAUCGGCGAGCAAACUCUGACCAAGGGUUGAGCUGGUUAGUUUGAAGCGUGCUGGAAAAUUGGAAGAGCUAUGAUAUUAUACUUAAAGGUUAUCUAACAAGAAUGCCAGGCAUACCUCUAGUGACUCGAGAAACAUCGUCCUAUUCAAGAAGCACAGAUCAGAUGUGCCGUGAAGAUUCCCGUAUCCAUUUAUCAGAAGAAGAGGAAAUUGCUGCUGAAGAGAGCUUAUCAAUUUACUGCAAGCCUGUAGAACUCUAUAACAUUCUUCAGAGACGUGCUAUAGGAAAUCCCUCAUUCCUGCAAAGAUGUUUGCACUACAAAAUUCAAGCAAAACACAAAAUGAGGAUACAAAUGACAGUGUCCUUGUCAGGGAUCGUGAAGGAGGGUGUACAAAAUCCAUGUCUGUUUCCUUUGUAUGUGUUGUUGGGAAGACUUGUUUCAGAUGCAGCAGUUUUGGAGUAUUCUGCAGUAUACCGCUUUCGGCGAGCAUGUAUCCUGACUAGUUUUGCUGGUGUUGAGGGGAGUUCUCAAUCGCAAGCAACUUUUCUUCUCCCUGAGAUAAAUAAGCUAGCAAUGGAGGUCAAGUCCAGCUCUCUUGCCAUAUUAUUUAUUAGCUUUGCUGGAACCCAAAAUGCUUUGUGUGGAGUUGACUCAAUUAGGGAUCCAAUGGCAAAUCCUGGAGGACACUGCCUUUGGGGUAAAAUACCACUGGAGGUGCUCUGUACAUCAUGGGAGAAAUCACCAAACCUGAGUUUGGGACACAGAGCUGAGGUCAUGUUUACCAUUGACAUGUGGUCUUGCUUCUUGAAGGUGAAUUGUUUGAAUGACAAGUGCAUCUCAAUCCAAAGUCCUAGUAAUUCUUUAACAAUGCAGGUGCAACUCACAAUUUCUGCAGAGGUGGUUGGGGCAAAAGAAAAAUCUCUUUAUAAUUUAUACACAUACAGUGACAUCUCGUCAUCAUUAUCUCAUAUUAUUCGGUUGAGAGCAGGAAAUGUGUUAUUCAAUUACAGAUAUUACAACAACAAAUUGCAAAAGACUGAAGUUACGGAAGACUUCUCUUGUCCGUUCUGCUUGGUAAAAUGUUCAAGUUUUAAGGGCCUGAGAUAUCAUUUGCCCGCUUCACAUGAUCUCUUUAACUUUGAAUUUUGGGUAACCGAAGAGUAUCAGGCUGUUAAUGUAUCUGUCAAAACUGAUAUUUUGAGAUCUGAGAUUUUAGCUGAUGGAAUUGAUCCUAAGCAACAAACGUUCUUCUUUUGCUCAAAGCAACGAAGACAUAGAAGAGCUAACCUGGUGCAAAAUGCAAGGCAUGUGCAUCCGCUUGGUUUAGAGUCGAAACUUUUGGACAAGCCUCAUGGCUUGACAAGUGGUGCUGGACAGUCAUAUUCUGAUCUUGAACAUGUACAAUCGGAGCCUGGAAACAAUCUUGCACCUCCUGCAAUGCUGUCAUUUGCAAAGACAAGAAAGUUAUCAAUAGAACGUCCUGAUCAGAGGAACCGUAGUCUCCUUCAGAAGCGUCAGUUUUUCCAUUCACACAGAGCACAGCCAAUGGCAAUGGAGCAAGUAAUGUCUGAUCGGGAUAGUGAGGAUGAAGUUGAUGAUGAUGUUGCUGAUUUUGAAGAUCGAAGGAUGCUUGAUGAUUUUGUUGAUGUGACAAAAGAUGAGAAGCAAAUGAUGCACUUGUGGAACUCCUUUGUAAGAAAGCAGAGGGUGCUAGCAGAUGGUCACAUCCCAUGGGCAUGUGAAGCAUUUUCAAAAUUGCAUGGACGUGACCUUGUCAAAGCCCCAGCUCUUAUAUGGUGUUGGAGAUUAUUUAUGAUUAAAUUGUGGAAUCACGGUCUCCUUGAUGCACGAACAAUGAACAAUUGUAACAUUAUUCUUGAGCAAUAUCAAAAGGAGGACUCGGAUCCCGUGAAAUGCUAAAGGAAAUCUGCCUUGGACGAAGGCCCGCUAUUGAACCUUGACGGCCAAGAGCAAAGUUUUCUCCCUGGAUCCCUAUGAUGGCUAGGGUCACCACUUUUCUGUAUCAUGCGCUGUAUUAUGUCAUCUGUUGAAUUCUAGUGUUGUAUGUUGUACAAUUUACUGUUAUGAUAUAGGCAAAUUUUUGUUCAGACAUCUCCACAAGGCUCCAUGACACGAGACAUUUGUCCCA